ACUCUGUCCUGACAAGGACCACAGUCUCAGAUUCUGAGAAUGAGAGAGGUAGGCUAGAAGAUCUCAAGGCUCCUUAAAGCUCCAAAGUUCCAUACUUUGUAUGUCCUCACAGGAGCUCAGACCCAGGAUCUACCUGAAAUGGACAGGAGCCCGAAGGCUAGAUUUUAGGAGACCGAGGCCCCAACAUCACAAAGCUGGAGAAUAAUGGAGGAGCUCCCACUAGAACCCAGGUCCUCCAGGAUUUGGUUACUCAACCUGGAUUCUGCUGCCACGGACAAGCUAAGGAUUUUUGCCUCACCUGGUGACAGUGGAAGACUAGGCUCCCCAUUCUGUCUUUGCUGACAUGGAUUUGAGAAAAAUAGAAGCUGUCUGCAAAUGCACAUCACAUCCCAAGGGCAAAAAGAAGGAGCAGCAACAACCAUAAAUACCCAGAGCAGUAAAAGGACGGGAAAGCCCCAUAAUCUGACCAGGAAGUAUUGAGGAAUUCAGCAUCUCAUAUGUUAGUAGAUCAUUAGGAGGAAACUAGAAGGGCAUUAAGAAGUGAUUGAACCCCAAGUACAGUGGAGGAAGGGCUUCCAGAUGCUGUGAAGAGAGGAAUCACCAGUCCAACUAUUCAUGAUUGGCCUAUAGAGCAGUGACUGGGAAUCACUGGUCUGAAACCCUUACCCCUUGCAUGGUGCAUCCGUUGUCUAGCCACAGACUGUGGCCCCAGUUGUUUAUGUUGAGUCCAGGAGAAGGAGGGAGGCCAACUGAAGAUGCAAGUCCACGUGCUCUGGUUCAUCUCUUUCUUCACCCUCAUUGAAAGCCAAGAUGGCUUCCUGGGGAGAAAUGGAGGCAUCAACACAAGAAGAGGACUCAUUGUUAAUAAGAAAAAGCAUCCAGGCCCAGUCCAGGAGUAUGAGCUGUUGCUUCAGGUGGCCUAUAGAGAUUCCAAGGAGAAGAGAGACGUGAAGAAUUUUCUGAAGCUUCUGAAACCUCCAUCAUUAUGGUUACAGAAACCAGUGAAGAUUAUUAGAGCAAAGGCCACUACAUACUGUGGCAACCAGAAUGGGGUUUUGCAGUGUGCCUGUGAGGAUGGCUACACCUGGUUUCCUCCCUCAUGCCUUGAUCCCCAGAAAUGCUACCUUCACACAGCUGGAGGGCUCCAGAGCUGUCACUGUCAUCUCAACAACCUCACCCACAGCAUCAAUUUCUGUGAAAGAACAAAGGUUUGGGGCACUUUCAAAAUUAAUGAAAGAUUUGCCAAAGACCUUUUGAAUUCAUCUUCUCCUUUAUACUCCAAAUAUGCCACUGGAAUUGAAAUUCAACUUAAAGAAAUAUUCAAAAGAAUUCAAGAGUUUGAGUCAGUUCGUGUCACCCAAUUUCGUCAUUCCAAUGAUGGAAGCAUCAUUGCCGGGUUUGAAGUUGUGGGUUCCAGCAGCACAUCUGAGCUGCUGUCAGCCAUUGAACUGGUGGCCGAGAAGGUGAAGGCAGGACUUCACAAGCUGUUCCUGCUUGAAGAUGGCUCUUUCAGAGUAUUUGGAAAAGCCCAGUGUAACAGCAUUGUCUUUGGAUUUGGGUCCAUGAAUGACGAGUAUAUUCUUCCCUGUAGCAGCGGCUACACUGGGAACAUUACAGCCAGGUGCCAGCCUUCUGGGUGGCGGAUCCUUAGGGAGACCUGUGUGCAUUCUCAGCUGGAGGAACUGAAGAAGAAUUUCAGUGUGAUUGCAGGCAAUGCUACCGAGACAGCCGUGUCAUCCUUGGUGCGAAAUCUUUCUGUUGUGAUUCGGCAAAACCCGUCAACCACAGCCGGCAAUCUGGCUUCAGUGGUGUCAAUUCUGGACAACGUCUUGUCUCUGUCACUGGCGAGCCAUUUCAAAGUGUCUAGUUCAACAAUGGAGGAUGUCAUCAGUAUAGCUGACCACAUCCUGAAUUCAUCAUCAGUAACCAACUGGACGGUGUUACUACAGGAAGAACAGCAUGCCAGCUCGCAGUUACUGAAGACACUGGAAAACAUCAGUAGCCUUGUACCUCCAACAGCUCUGCCUCUGAAUUUUUCUCGGGAAUUCAUUAACUGGAAAGGGAGUCCAGUGUCCCAAAGCCAACUCAAGAUGGGUUACAACUAUCAGACUGAAAUGUUCCCUCCAAAUGCCUCCAUUCCCAUAAGAGGCCAUGUGUUAAUUGAGUCAGACCAAUUCCAGCGGUCCCUUCCAGAAACCAUCAUCAGCAUGGCCUCGUUGACCCUGGGGACUAUCCUAUCUGUUACCAAAAAUGGAAAUGCUCAGGUCAAUGGCCCCGUGAUAUCCACGAUUAUUCAAAACUAUUCUAUAAAUGAGGUUUUCCUGAUUUUUUCCAAGAUAGAGUCGAAUCUGAGCCAACCUCAUUGUGUGUUUUGGGAUUUCAGUCUUUUGCAAUGGAACAAUGAGGGCUGCCACCUGGUGAACGAAACUCCAGACAUGGUGAUGUGCCGAUGUACUCACCUGACCUCCUUCUCGGUACUGAUGUCUCCCUUUGUCCCCCCUGCCAUCAUCCCCGUGGUGAAAUGGAUCACCUUUGUGGGACUGGGCAUCUCCAUCGGAAGUCUCACCUUAUGCCUGAUCAUUGAAGCUCUGUUUUGGAAGCAGGUCAAGAAAAACCAGACCUCCUACACACGUCAUGUUUGCAUGGUGAACAUAGCCCUGUGCCUCCUGAUUGCUGAUGUUUGGUUCCUUGUCGCUGCCACUGGAGACUCCCCCAUAAACCUUUCCGGAGUCUGUAUAGCUGCUGUGUUCUUCAUGCACUUUUUCUAUCUCUCCUUGUUCUUUUGGAUGCUCACACUUGGCAUCCUGCUGGCCUAUCGGAUCCUCCUUGUGUUCCAUCACAUGGCCAUGCCUUCGAUGAUAGCCAUCGGCUUCUGCCUGGGCUACGGGUGCCCUCUCAUCAUAUGUGCCAUCACGAUUGCUGUCACGCAGCCAAGCAAUGGCUACACAAGGAAAGACGUGUGUUGGCUUAACUGGUCUGAUAGGAGCAAACCCCUCUUAGCCUUUGCUGUUCCUGCUCUGACUAUUGUGGCUGUGAAUUUGGUGGUGGUGCUACUGGUUCUCAGGAAGCUCUGGAGGCCCACUGUUGGAGAAAGACCCGGUCAGGAAAACAAGGCCACUAUUGUCCGCAUGGGGAAGAGCCUUCUCAUCCUGACCCCUCUGCUGGGGCUCACCUGGGGCUUUGGCAUAGGAACAAUAGUAGACAACCGGAAUCUGGCUUGGCAUGUUGUUUUUGCAUUACUCAAUGCAUUCCAGGGUUUUUUCAUCUUAUGUUUUGGAAUGCUCUUGGACAGUAAGCUACGACAAUUGCUGUUCAGCAAAUUGUCUCCUUUAAGCUCUUGGAAGCAAGCAUCCAAGCAAGACUCAUCAGAUGUGCCUGCCAAACCCAAAUUCCCAAAAACUUUCAACCCAUUGCAGCACAAAGGCAUUUAUGCACUUUCUCAUGCUGGAGAAUCCUCAAACGACAUCAUGCUAACUCAGUUUUUAUCAACUGAAUAAGGCUGCGAACCAUAAACUCAAGAAAAAUUUUUUGGUGCAACUUGACAUUUAGAGCUAAAUGUCAGUGAAAAAAUUAGCUCAAUCUUAAAUGGAAUUUUUUGGUUUAGGAGUCUGGAAUAAAAUAAGAAGCUUUCAGCAGCUUCA